AUGACAGAAAAGAAGAUCCUCGCCGUGUUUGGCGCAACAGGUCAACAAGGCGGCUCCGUCAUCAGCCAACUCGUCUCUGAACCCGCGGCUUCCCUCCCAAACAUCUCACAGUUCCACCUCCGCGCCCUCACCAGCCACUCCUUGCCCAUUUCCUCAACUUCUUCUAUCCCACUCGAACAAUGGUACCGCCUCAUCGGCAGUUCCCCUGAUACCGAUACCGCCGACAACACCACCAACAACACCACCAACACCAUCCAAGUCACCCCCCAAGUCGACUUCCACACCCCCUCCACCCUCCUCCCCGCCCUCAAAGACGUCCACACAGCCUUCAUCAUGACCACCCCCUCCUUCAGCCCCGUGACCUCAGACGACCCCAACUCCAGCAAAGAAUUCCUCGCCGUCCAAAACAUCCUCUCCGCCGCCCUCGCCCAAAAAGUCGACACCGUCCUCUUCAGCACCCUCCCCAACAUCACCGAGCUCUCGUCGGGUAAAUACACCCGCGUCACACCCUUUGACGACAAGGCCCGCGCAGAAGCUUACAUUCGCUCGCUGCACCCGCAAAUCAAAUCAGCGUUUCUGUCGCUUGGGUUCUUCAUGAGCAACUGGCUGACGCAGGGGUUCUUGGCGCCGAGGUAUGAUGAGGACACGGACAGUUGGGUUAUGAGGCUGCAUGUUGCUGGGGGGACGGGGAUACCGCUUGUUGACGCGGGGAGGGACACGGGGAAGUUUGUGGCGGCGAUUUUGGAACGUGGGGUGGAUGGGACCGGGGAGGCGGUGCUGGCUGCGGAGGGGGUGUACGCUUUGGAUCGGAUCGCCGAGGUUUUCUCGCGGCACACGGGGCAGAGGGUGAGGUAUGAGCAGGUCACGGUGGAGGAGUUUAGGGAGACGGGAUUGAAGGGGUUUCCGGAGAGUUUGAAGGAUGUUUUGGUGGAGGGGUAUUCAGCGCUGGAGGAGUUUGGUCACGCGGGGAAGGAGACGGGGGCGUUGGUGGAGGAGGGGAAGAGGCUGGUGAGGGAGUGCGGGUUGGGGGAGCUGGUGAGUUUGGAGGAGUUUUUGAAGAAGGAAGGGUAUGUUUUGGGGGAGGGCCCCCGAUCGAAGCAGUGGGGUUCUUGA